CUAUUUGAAGGCAAACACCCAAACGCUAACGUACAUUUUAUCCGACACCAUGGCUUAUAAAUUGAGGGAAAGAAUUUUUUACUUUCUGGACAAUGGCUACUGGCAUGGUAUAAGAUUUCUGGGAAGCAGAUGCCAAAUUUUUGGAAGGAUUUUCUGGCUUAUUGUUAUGAUUGCAUCUGGUAUCGGAAUGGCUACAAUAUUCAAAUUUACUCUGCAGAACUUUCAGGAAGAUGUGAUUAAUAUAAACGUUGAGACAUCGUUUCUGCACUGGCGCAAUACCUUUCCAGCCGUUUCAAUGUGCUUCACGAAAGGUGGUUCGGUCACUAGUCUUUUGGAAUUCAUGAGACAGUAUUGGCAAGCGAACAAUUUAACAAUUCCACAAAGUGAGUUAGCAUUUGCUUUGUGGAUUCGUACCUACCUUUUCGUUUCACCGAAUCAAAAUAUGGACGAAAAUGCUUUUUGUGAGACCCAGAACAGUACUUGCGGUUUCGAUGUUGACACAUUAAUGAAAGCGCUCGUUCCACAAAGUUGUUCUGAUUUCAUGUCCGAAGUAAAAUUUUUGGACCGACCUUAUGAUUGCGAAGACAUUUUUAAACCAAUGAAAACCGAAAUGGGGCAAUGUUUUACAGCUAACAGUCUUCUUUUUCACAAAUACGGCAAACAACUCCCAUUACAGUAUGGUCAGUCAGAUAAAAAGCGUACGUUGAGCUUUAAGUAUGAUGACAGAGAAGAUAUUUUCAAAUUUUUGUUGUACGUGCACAGUCCGGAAGAACUUCCUUAUUUUGACAUGGAACCAAUUUUCUUAAGCAAAGUAGCAACUCAAUUUGCUUUGGUUGAGACAAUUGAAAUAGUCAAUUCCAACGAAGUUCAACUCGAAAAUAUUGACAAACGGAGCUGUAGAUUUCCGGACGAAAAACUUGAUAAUUCAGUCUUACCCUAUUCGUUUUCAUCUUGCUUCACGGAUAAGCGCAUCGCUAUUGAAUUGAACCUAUGUAAUUGUACCCUUCAUACAUCGCCUAUUGAAUAUAAGGACCAAUACUGUGACUAUAAAGGGCUUCUCUGCAUUAGCGAAGCUGCGAUACCUGAGGUUUUCAAAGAAAGUUACAAAUCCGGCAAACUAUGCGUUGAGUCGUGUAUUGAAAUGCAAAUAAAUAAUCUCGGGGACUUGUAUGAAGAUGGUGGCCAGAAUACCAAUGCCACUGAAACGGAACAGACCGAGGCACUAGUUGUGAUUGAAAUAUCGAAUAUGCCCACUGUACGGUAUGUGCGGAAUGUGGCGAAAACUAGAUUGGAUUUUGUGGUAUCAAUUGGUGGAUUGGUAGGACUAUUUUUCGGAGCAUCAUUACUAAGUCUAGUUGAAAUUGUGUACAUUUGGCUAAUUAGACAAUUUUAAUAACCGAGAUUUUUUCGAGGUCAUAAUUUUUGUAGGACAGUUAUCGAAUCUAGUACUUGAUUUGAUCCAAUUUGUUAUUCUAUCGAAAGACUAAAAAAAAUUUUUUACUUCUUUUGUAAAUAAUAGCAUCUACAACCAAGCACUAGAACAAAAUUUUCAAGAGGGACCUGUAUAUGCAACCCUAAUAUGCUGUCAUCAUAAAAGAUUAGAGUUGCUGUGGUAUACUAUAUUUUGGACACUCAUGCGACACUUGUUGACAUUACUUUGUUUUCAAACACGGCAAAGUAAAAUAAACCA